CUCGUGGGGAGAGACGCUCCUGCCCUUGUAUCAUCUCGAUGAUGGCUGUACGUGUUCGCGUCAGAUGUCACAUCAGUGCUGGAGAAGCACGACGCUCUAGAGGACUGUGUAUUCUACUUCCGCCACGGGUGAAGGGAAUUCGCUGCUGUUUCAUGCGUCUUUGUCGCUAGCAAUGGCCUCCUGCGACAAUGAGGCGAAUCGGGUGUCACUGGAGGAUUUCCGUCAGUUUCAUGAGACUGAAAAACAAUGGGCUGGCCGCAGGCAAUUCCUGUCGAGGCACCUCCAUCUGUACCCGGGCCCCAAAACUGACCAGCUAAUCGCUCUGUCUGUAGUGUGGAGCAACAUCGUGUUCAUUGGCAAUCGUUAUGGAGAGAAGCUUACAGAGAAAGUUCACAAGAUGGCAGAAGGAAUUGAUGUAGGAGAGAUGCCAUGCUUUGAGCUUGUUCCUGGUGCCAAAAAAACAAAAAGAUCAGGAGCAAAUGAUGGAGAGCAACCUCAGAAAAAAUUUGCUUCGCGUUUUGGGCCACGUCCAAGGUUUGAGCCUGUUCAUUUCGUAGUCAGUAGUUCUCAACAGGACAGUUUUCAAGAAAGUAAUGGCUUGGACAGUCAGAAGCAGGCCCAGCAAGGAGACAGCUUACCUCCAGAUGUUUUUACUACUACAAGUGAUACUUCUGAUCAAGAAGAUUGUCCAGAAAUGGACUCAUUGAAUUCCGAUACAGUGGAGGAGGAAGGCAGACAUGAUUCUGGAAAUUUUAUGUCAAAAAUAGAGCAAAGCUAUUCAGCCAAAUUUAAUGCUCACUAUUCAACCACCUCAAAAGAAUUUUGCCAUAAUGUACUUGAUAUGUGGAAAGGAGUGAACCAGCAAGGAAGGAAGGGCAUUGGUUUUGUAAAACCUCCCAAAACGUCUGACAAAUUCGGCAAGGGAAUUGGAAAAAGUACUUUAUCAGGACGCGCACUAUACAGCCUGGAUAAUUCAGCCUUUAUCAAGCAGCUUUCUGCUAUAGUUCUACAAGAAAUGGCAAGCCCAAAACUGAGCAUGAAUUCGGAGAGAAUUAAUUACACAUUUAUCUUAUCACACAGUAUUCAGUCAUGUAAAACAAACCCAGAGUAUAUAUAUGUCCCUUUUAAAGAUAUCUCUCCAAUCAACCGCCCAAAAAAUAAAAACCUUCCAGCCGAUGGCUUUGCUUGCGAAGUGAGGUGUCAAGAUAUUUACUUAGCCACUGGAUACUCUGGUAGUAAAAAUGGUGCCCGGGACCGAGCUGCUGAGCGGGCUGUGCAGCUAUUACAAAGGCCUUUAGAAGUCCGAAAGAUGAAACGGAAAUUUGGACAGACCUUUCGUGAGGAAUGGGUGGCUUGCCCAAUUGACAUGCCUGUGAAGAGAUUACCCCCUGCCCUUAAGCAAGAAAAUGAUAGCGUCUGUGAAAUGUUACCAUGUGCUGACCCUGCAAAAGGAAGCCUACCUACCAAAGAGUGGACUGAUUUUAUUCUGACUGAAAAUGCCUGUGGUGCUAUAUGUGUACUAAACAAUUCUGCUAGCUUAAACAAAAUGACCGUUGAAUAUAAAUACAUCAUGAUGUCCAAAUCUGUGUGGAAAUGUGGAGUUUUUGUGCAGGGUCACUGUGUUGCAGAAGGAUACGGCAAUAAAAAGACUAGUAAACAUGCAGCAGCCAAGGAGGCUGUAAGAAUUUUGAAAAAUUUACAGCCCGAUCUUCAAAAAACGACUUGUGCUCAGACUGCCUGCACUGUUAAUGACCCUAUAAAAGAACUGAAAGACGUUGUAGUGUAUGCAAAUUCGACUAACCCUGUUUGUACAAUGAACGACACCGCUCAGUUCAAUAAUGUGACCGUAGACUACAUCUUUGAGAGGAUGGCCGGUGAUAAGUGGAAGUGCAAAGUUUUCAUGGAAAGGCAGUUUCUAGCUGAGGCAGUGGGAAUUAAGAAAACAUUAAAGCAUGAAGCUGCUGAGGCGGCUGUAAGUGUCCUCAAACAAACGCAGCCUGUGGUGGUGAAUAACCUGAAGAAUGGUCCUGCUGAAGAUGCCAUUUCUAGAAAUCACAUCCGUGUAUGGUCAAGUGAAGAAUCGGCUAAACAGGAAAUCAAAGAAGAUAAUAUUGGCAACCAACUGUUAAGGAAGAUGGGAUGGAAAGGUGGGGGGCUGGGAAAAGAAGGAGGAGGAAUAUCUGAACCCGUAUCUGUUAAGGAGCAGUUUAGUCGAGAAGGGCUCGGUCUUACUACAAACAAAAUCAAUAAGAGAGACAUUGAGAAGAUCAUUCGAAACUACGCUGAUUCCUAUAAUCAGGAUGACCUCACUUUUGCUAAAGAACUUUCCAAUGAGGAACGGAAAUACAUCCAUCAGAUUUCUCAAAAGUUUGGCCUCAGGAGUAAGUCUCGCGGGCAGGGCACUGAGCGCUUCUUAGUAGUCAGCAGGAAGAGAAGCAAACAGGAUCUCAUAGAUCAGCUGAGACAAGACGGGCAAGUUGGAUCAUAUGAACUUCUAAUGCCUCAGCAAAAUAAUCCUAUGCAGUGUGCCAGAGAAUCUGAUCCCUCUAAGACAAACGGAACUAAGAAGGUAUUUGUCUGUAAUGAUGUAGCAAGCGUUUCCAGAACCUCAAAUCAUCUGUCACAGGACAGUCAGAGCUUAUCUGCCUCUGUGGUAUAAGCACAAGGAAUGAUGCCACGAGUGACUGUGGCUGAACUGAUAACAGUACAAAGUCUUGAGAUUGCCUACUCAAAAGUUCAACAAAAAGGAACUGACAUUUUUUCCCACUCCAUUUCAUGCCGUUUCUGCAGAUUUAUUACAGAAUUUAGUGGUGUUAAAAGCUAGAACAUUUUCAUUCUGUUUGCAUUAAAAUCAACCUAUACCAA